GUGUGCGUCAGUUACGGAUGUAAACACACUGCUCGGUUCACGUGGAGGGAAAACCGACUAUGGCACCGAGGCUCGAGCGUUUCGUCAGCCCGGGAAAAGGCAACGGUCUGCGGGCGACAGCCAGGAUCAAGCCGGGGGAGCUGGUGUACUCUGCCGAGCCGCUGGCGUGCUGUGUGUCCAACAAAGUGUCCAGAGAGGUCUGCCACCACUGCUUCUCACGACGUGAGGCCUUGUUGAGAUGUUCCCAGUGCAAGAUGGCUCGUUACUGCAAUACCAUUUGCCAGAAACAAGCAUGGCCUGACCAUAAGAGAGAGUGUAAAUGUCUGCGAAGCCUCCUACCCAGAAUUCCCACUGACUCAGUCCGUCUGGCUGCGAGACUCAUCUUUGCCCUGUUAAAUCCAUCGAAAAGCAGCAGUGAGGAGCUCUACACUUUGGAGGAGCAUGAAUCACACUUGAGUUCUGUGUCUGAGCAGAAGAAACAAGGUCUGUCUCAGCUGGCAUCCAUGUUAGAGCUUUACCUACAACAGGAGGUACCUGACCUGGCACAGGAAAUUACAUCAGCACUGCCGCCUUCCUGCAGAGAACCCCUCAACCUUAUUGCAAAGGUGACAUGUAAUUGUUUCACCAUCAGUGAUGGAGAGCUGCAAGAGAUUGGCGUCGGGCUGUAUCCUAGUUUAUCUCUGCUAAACCAUGACUGUAGACCAAACUGUGUGAUGGUGUUUGAGGGAACAAAACUGCACCUCAGAGCUGUUCGGGAUAUCAAGCCUGAAGAGGAGCUAACUAUAAGUUACAUUGAGACCUUGUCACUGACUGAAGAUCGACAGAGACAGCUGGAGGACCAGUACCAUUUUAUCUGCCACUGUCAGCAUUGUGACUCUCAAGACAAAGAUGGACUCAUGCUGUCAGGGGGAGAAUCAACAUGGCGCCUGCUGAAGGAGGCUCUACCGAGACUGGAAGCACUGAAAGCAGAGUCAAGUUGGCAAACAUUGCUACAGAGCUGUAGUCAUUUGUUAUCAACUGUUGAUGGUGACGUGCCUGAUGAAAAUCUGUAUAAGCUCAGGAUGACAGACAUGGCUGUAGAUGCUUCCAUUCACCUGGGACACUGGCGGGAAGCUGUGGGAUACGGGGAGAAAACACUUCCAGUUUACAGACAAUACUAUCCCGAUCCCCAUCCGGUCCAUGGAGUCCAGCUGAUGAGAGUUGGAAAGCUGCAACAUUACCUGGAGCACAUUGAGGAUGCUUUGGACACAUUCAAACAGGCCUAUCAAAUCAUAAAACUCACCCACGGUGACGAUCACCCGAUGACCACUGAUCUGUUGAUGAAGAUGGAGGAAUGUCGCACUGAGAUGGAUCAACAAUCAUCAGGCUGAACACAAAAAAAUUAAGCCCCGUCAUCAGUUUUAUAAAGAUUUGUAAUAUGAACAAGAAGACAUUUUACUUGCUGUAAAUUACAUCUGAUUAAUGUCAUUUAUUAAAAUGUGUCAGAUGUCAGAAGUCUGAUUAAUAAUUUUUAAUAAUUUAUCAGUAAUUAGCUUCACAUUCACAUUUUAGCAUGCUUAUAUUUGGUAAUUUGCAUCAAACACAUGGUAAACAUGAGGGUGAUGAGGGUGAGUCAUUAUUUUUGCAGGUAUUAUCCAAAAUUCAAUUCAAUUUCUACCCGAUGUCUGAGAUAAAUUAAAAGUUAUCACAGUCGCAGUAACAACAACAGUUGUUAUGACAUUUCUCAACAUUAAAUGUCAAUUUCA